GCAAGAACAGCUAAGAAGAACACGAAAAGUAAAGUCAACAGUCUUAAAACUCAAGAAGCAGCUAGCCAAAGUCUUGAUUUUCUAUAUCUGUAAAUUAGUUGUUGUUGUUGCUGUUUGUAUAAUUGAGCAAAGAAUUCAAUUUUCUUUUUCAGCUGUUGCCACCAUUCUUUUAUUACAAUUACAGGUCAUUAAGAAUUGCAAGCCAAAAGAAAGAAAUCAAGAAUCCUUCCUCAAGAUUCAUAUAUUUUUGAAAGUUCUAUAUUGUAGCAGAAGCUAAUACCCAUUUUGAAUUUUAAUAUGGGUAAGGGCGGUGGGUGUUUUCCAAGUAAGAACAAGAUACCCAUAGAUGUAUCUAAUCAAGAUCCUCUUCCACCUCAAGAAAGAAACUCUCCUGCUCCAACCCAAAACCAGAGCCAAAGCCAACCCGCAAAUAUAACCACCCAGAUUAAGAAUAGCUCUACAAUAGCAGUCAAGAAGCUUAAAAUCUUCAUCAUUUUUUACUCAAUGUAUGGGCAUGUGGAUUUUUUGGCAAGAAGAAUGAAGAAGGGUGUGGAUUCCAUUGAUGAGGUUGAAGGGAUUUUAUAUAGAGUUCCAGAAACAUUACCGAUGGAGGUUUUGGAGCAGAUGAAGGUGCCUCCUAAAGGAAAUGAGGUACCUGUUAUAUCAGUUAAUGAGUUGGUUAAUGCUGAUGGAUUCUUGUUUGGCUUUCCCACUAGGUUUGGUUCUAUGGCUGCUCAAAUGAAGGCUUUUUUUGAUUCCACAAGCGAAUUAUGGAUGGAGCAAAAGCUUGCUGGAGUGCCUGCUGGGUUCUUUGUGAGCACUGGCACGCAAGGGGGCGGGCAAGAGACCACUGCCUGGACUGCAAUCACUCAGUUAGCUCACCACGGGAUGCUAUAUGUUCCCAUUGGCUAUACCUUUGGAGCUGGAAUGUUUAGAAUGGAUUCCAUUAGAGGAGGCUCUCCUUAUGGCGCCGGUGUCUUUUCUGGAGAUGGAUCAAGGCAGCCAACUGAAACAGAGUUGGCUCUUGCUGAGCAUCAAGGAAAAUACAUGGCUUCAAUAGUAAAGAGAUUUGCACGGACUUUCUCACUUGAACCUGAUAACAACCGGAUUUAAUGCUAAUAAAGCAAACAUUCAUUUAUUUGACCUGCUUCUCCGUCGGUUCUAUACAUGUUUCUCAGUUUUCUCUUUAUAUAUCUCUAUAGAUGUGUACUGUGUUCUGGUAGAUUUUAGCUAACCGAGGAGCUUAUGAUUUUGUAGUGUAAUGUAAUAUUUAUCUGUAUACUUCCAAUUUGCAAUUGUUCUUGGCUUCUAGCUCCUCGGUUCAGAGUUUUAACAUAUUUGUAUAUGGUUUGCAAUUGUCAUUUGAUUUGUAUUUGUUUCUUGUUCAUGACCAUUUAAUUGUAAUGACAUAUCAAUCAAUAAAAAUUGUGAGAUUGGUUGGUGUUCUUUUUAAAGA